AUGGCCGUUGCAACGCAGCUGGUCCUCAAUGGAACGGAUCACAGCUUGGAGCUGCUAGACAAGAACACACUGUGGCAUCUGUGUCACAAGUAUGGAUGUCGCCGCUACGGCAACGUAAAGAGGUUGCGGAAAGCAUUGCUGGCAUACCGCGCCGAGAACAACCUCGGGGGACACUUGACAGGGUCAAUCAGCAGGCACAACCCGAUUGCCGCCUCACGCGAUGAACAGCAGCGCGGGCUCGAAGCAGAGAUGCUCGUUGUCAGAGCAGAGAAGGCCUGGCAACAGGGGAAGUCCGCUAAGACACUCGUUAACAGCCACACAAGGACUACCUUGGUUGGAUUAUGUGCACGACAUGCGCUCGCUACCGACGGAACAAAGAAACAGCUUGUCGAUAGGCUUAUGCAGGUGGACCACGACGUUGUGCCCUCUACGGAUGAGGUACCGUCAUGGGUAGACCCGGCCCCGAGGAACUUCGGAACGAAGCAACGAGGGAAACUGAGUGCUGACCAGUGGUUCUCCGUUUGUACCAUCAAUCUCCCUUUCACCCUGAUCCGCAUCUGGGGCGACGAGCAGGGCAGGCGAAGGGCUAUGUUGCAGAACUAUAUGGACCUCAUGACUGCCGUCGUCAUGAGCAGCAUGCUCGCUAUCAACGACAGCCAUGUCAAGGCUUACGAAGAAGCCAUCGUGCGGUAUCUGCGCUCUUUGAAGGAUCUAUACAAGGCAUCCGAAUUCAAACCGAAUCACCACAUGGCCCUACACGUAGGCGCGUUCUUGCGGAGGUUUGGACCCGUCCAUUCAAUUCGGACGUUCUUCUCGGAGAGAAUGAACUUUAUGCUUCAGCGGAUCAACACAAACCGCAAAUUCGGCGAACUAGAGCUAACCUUCAUGAAGACGGCGUGCCGCUCGGCGAAUCUCAGGGCGCUCCUACGCGCGGACGGGAUACGGAACGUUGUCAAAGACUUCACCGACAUGUACGACGGGCUCUUUAACGAGAACAAACGAGGGACCAGACUACGCGAAACAUUGCUUGGCGAUGAGAACGAACGGCGGCAGGCAACGGUACAAGAAGCGAAGUCAGCGGUGGCUUUGGACAACGACGCGUUCAAAGCCUUCAUCUCAUUGCUUAAUACCGAAUGCACGAUGGAGUCGUUUGUGGAUAUUCGCGAGCUCCGGCUGAAGCCUGGGCUUCAACAAAUGGUCAAUACAGUGGUGGACUGCACAAGCUUAUUUCUGCAUGGUGUGACGUAUAAGGCCGCUGCGAAAUCGCCCAAGGAUAGCAACAUCGUCUUCUCCCACCCAGGCAUCAACUCUGGAGAAGGGGAGCAUUGCGCUGGACGCAUCAAGCAAAUAUUUGUGCAUAGAAGGCGCAGCAGCGGGGGCGACGAAAUGCGGGAGGUCUUUCUCUUUCCACUGAAGACGCAGGCCGCGACAAUUACCGCAAAUUUCCCCACGUUGGAGGUCGCCUCUACUACGACAGGUAUCAUUGCGAGCCAGUGGUGA